GUAUAUGUCGACGAAUAUGUAACGCUUGCGCUCGAUGUUGUACGCUUCAAAGAGGCCGAUUAACACACAUGCGCAAUUGGUAGAAAAAGGUAAAAAAGAUGUAAGGAAAGUAAAGCUUCAAAAUCAAAAAAAAUUGCACGAAAAUAAUAAAAAGGGAAGUAAUCGUGAUCACGAACGAUCUUAUUUCGCUUCGUAAAACUUGCCGGUGCAUUGUUUAAUUGCCACGAACAAAGUCAACGAAAACACACAAUGGCGUAGAAACAGUGUCUCGCAUUAUUAGCUAAUGGACUUGAUGGACCUUAUGCUUAACAAAACGGAAGACACUGCCAGAGUAAAUGCGGCCUGUCACAGCAAAAUGUUAUAUUACAAUGUGUGAUACUGAAUGCUUGCCGUAAUACGCUAAUUCGAAUAUGACAAUUUUUUUUGUUUUUGUUUUAACUUGAACCAACAUUGACUCCACUAUCUGUUGCCGCUGAAUAUACUGUUUUCAUCUGACAAACAAGUUUUCAAGAAUGGGGUCAACCGAAAGUAUCAUAAAAAAUAAUAAUGAUUUAGUAGAUAAUUUAAUGAAGUUUGGAUAUAUAAGAACAAAAGAGGUGGAGCAAGUAUUUAGAGCAGUCGAUAGAGCAAAUUAUGUGAUAUCUCGGGACAGAAAAAAUGCUUACAGGGUUCUUGCUUGGAAGUAUGGCAAAAUACAUCUGUCAGCACCACAUGUGUACAGUAAGGUGAUGGAAGGUCUUUGUUUGAAGCCUGGGCUGAGCUUUUUAAAUAUUGGAUCAGGAACCGGUUAUCUCAGUACUAUGGCAGGGCUCAUAUUGAACCAACAUGGAACAAAUCAUGGCAUUGAAUUGUACGAAGAUUGUUUAAAAUAUGCAUACGAGCGGCUAGAAGAAUUUAAGCAAAAGUCAUUAGCUCUGGAUGAAUUUGACUUUUGUGAACCACUUUUUGUACAAGGGAAUUGUCUGAACGUUAUACCAGAUAGACAAUACGAUAGAGUGUAUUGUGGUGCAGCAUGUCCUGAAUCACACAUAGCGAACAUUAAACAGUUUGUGCGUAUUGGAGGUAUCCUCGUGAUACCUUUUGAAGAUGACUUACUUUGUGUACAUAGAAUGAACGAGGAUACUUGGUGGCAAUCCACGAUGAUUCCCGUAUCGUUCGAGACGUUGGUUGUUCCUACUGAUUCUGAGCAGACUCCAUUUUACUUACCUGAAUGUCAUCCGCUGUCUUUGCGGGAAUUGUGUAGAGGUAACAUAAGAAAUCGGUUAAGAGAGAAAAUUUGGAACGAGCACAGUUCUUGGUUGGAAACCAAGAAACUUAUACUUUUAGGACAAGAAAGUGUGAAAAAAAACAACGUGAACGACAGUGAUUCGGUGAAUUCUGAAGAAGCUAACAAUACGGAGAACAGUUCGAGUUCGAUGGAAGAGGAAUUGGAUAGUAUAGCUCAAUCGCAUAGCGGUAACAAUGUUAACAAAAAUAUUACGACUGAUUCACAUUCAGACGAAAACGAUAGCGAAACAACAGACGAUGAUGAUACCUUUGCUUCACGGAAGCAGAUGGCCAAACGAGAAGAAACAGUCGGUAAAGUAUUGGUCAAUGUAAAUGUGAAUAACGAUGAGGACACAAUGGAGACAGAUCUGGGCAACAUUGAUAUUGACACUAACAAAGCAGAGAUCAUCACUCAUCACGUAAACAGCAAAGCCCUUUCUACUUAUAUGAUGGAAAAGAUACAUCAGUUACCAUUACCUUUUUCAUUGAAGUUGUACAUAAAUUACAAUCGACAGUUAUAAGAUAAGUAAAUUACGUUAUUCUUAUUUAAAUAAAUAUAUGUAUAUAUGUAUAUGUAUAGGAGAUAAGUCGUUACGAUAAUCAGCGAAACAACACGCGUUUUUCGAGGUCGGUUAGAUCGCAGGCCGAUCACCGAAAAUAAUAAACACGCGACAAGUGAACAACCUAGAAAAAUAAGACAAGGCGCGAAUGAGUGUGUGAAAGAAAGGAGUGUGCGAAUAGAGUGCAAGUGACAAAAUAAAUACAAGUGUGAUAGCUUGCGAAAAGGAAUUAUUGUACGAGACAGUGACCAAGAAUUUUUGCGAGACAAUUUCAAGAAGCGUAGCGAGUGUUCAGAGUGAUAAGAGAAAGAGAGAGAAAGAGAGCGCGUUGCGGUUAAGAGGAACCGUCUACCGUGAAAGACUGUGUACAUUGUUUAAAAUUAAUAAACGGCGUGUUCGUCAAAUCUAUGGUAAUUAUAUAAAAAAGGCCCCCUUUUCUAAAUAAUUAUCAAAUCUAUCUUCUAUCGAUCGACCUGCGAAAUUCCUAAAUAUGUAUACAUUUUUAUUAUGCAAUAAUUUACACGACGUAACUGUUAAU